UGUCACAAUGAACUCCUCCCCCGUCUGGUCCGUCAGUCAACAUGGCCGCCGCAGUGUGCGUCAGAUUCCUUCUCCAGAGAUCAACACCAAGCUUUGUCUUCUCCUCCAGGGCAACACCGGCUUUGUCAAGUCCAUUUUUGUGUCGUGCUCAUCGAUUGGGUCCGAGCGAUGAUGAGACGUAUCAACGAACCACGGUGUCGGUCAUGCAGAAGGAGCCAGGCAGCGGCAUGAUGAUUCAAAGCUACAGUUCGAGAGGAUUCACCAUCGACGGCAACAAGGUGUUUGGGCCCUGCGCUGUACUGCCUCCAUCGAUCUUACAGUGGAAUGUUGGCAGUCAUCGAGACAUAACAGAAGAAAGCAUCUCACUUUUCCACAUGCUUGAGCCAAGAAUAGAGAUUCUUGUGCUGGGAACAGGUGCAAAGCUUGAACGUAUUAAUCCCUCCGUUUUGGCCCUGCUUAAGCGUAAAGGGAUCGCCGUGGAGGUGCAAGACACGCCAAACGCAUGUGCAACAUUCAACUUUUUGACUAGUGAACGAAGAAUAGCAGCAGCUGGUUUGAUCCCUCCACCAGUCAGCACAGCCCUGCAGGUGACAGAGGAAUAAAAGUAGUGAUGUCAACAACAUGCACUGAGCUCCCAAAACAACAAACUCCUCAGAUUCCAGUGCUGGUAUUUAGUUAUUUUAUAAAAUGAGGUUAAACCAGUCAUUUCCAUUUCACAGUGAACUUCUGCACUCAAAUGUCUGACAGCUGUAUUGUGUACAGACGAUGUUAGAUGUCUGUUUAAUGAUCUUGGUGUGAAAGUGAGUGUGGGUGUGAUAACAGUACACAAAUAUGACUGAGAGUGGACCUUUUUCACAGCAGACAUUUUGGCUUAUCUUAGCAGGAAACAUGAAAGAUAUCCUUAUAACAUUCAAGGGGCUAUGUGUUGUAUUUCUACAUUCAAAUAUUCAACAAUGACCUUAAAGUGUCAUCAGAGUGUUUAAACAUUUAUGAUGCUGUACCAAAGAUUACUGUAUUGUAUUGCAGAGAUAUAAACUAAAUUUAUUCACAGCCAUGGACUGAACUAUGGGUGUGAAUGUAUAUGACCACUAUAGGGAGUAAUGAGUCACUCUGUGGGUCUCCAGUGGUGAUGAAAACUCAUGCCAAGUCAAAGUUGAAAUUGAGAACUGCUAAUAAACAACUUUCAGGGUUGAGGAAAGUGACAACAAUUUAAAAAUUGAAAUAAAAUAAAAAUAGAAGCAGUGCUAUUUUCAUCACUGAACACAGCUGUAAAUUAAAAGUAUGAUGUCUAAUGGACUUUUGCACUGGUCAGUUUUAUUAUGAAGUUUAUGAAGGAGUAAAUUUACCAUGUUUUGCUUACUGGUUCACAGUUCAGACUAAACUGUGACAAUUCUGACCUUGUUUAGAUGAUUCCAAACAGAUCUUUUGUACAGUUAUUGACAACACAGACUGUACAGAAAACAGAGAUGAUUUGGUUUUCUGUCUAAAAACAGAGCUAAGCUAAGCUAUCAGCUAACACAGUAACAUUCAUGACGAUUAUAAGACGCAUUAUUUUGUUGGUCAACUGAGGAGAAAACUUGACAAUACCAUAAUACAGAUGUGUGUAAACACUGAAAUACACACUUUAUUUAAAGGGUGAUACAGUCUGGAGACAUACCAUUAAUCCCUUGGUGGUUUUGGUAUUUGUGAAUGUGUGCUGUUGUUUGUGCUUUCCAAUGUGUACAAACCACAGCCACUGUUAUAAUAAUAUAAUGUAAAUGCAUCUAUUUAUUUUUUGCCAUAAAAAGUCAAAAUGUCUUUUGUGGAAAAAAAGUGUCUUCCAUUGCAAUAACCCAUAACUGUUUUCUUGUCUAGACAUACUGUUAUGUGUAAAAUAUCUAUUUAAAUGCUUUAAACGCAAUAAAUAAUAAUGUGCUUAUUUA